AUGUCACAGGCAACAUCCAAGACGUGCUUUGGCACCAACGCCACAUUGGCAGAAUCCUGCUGCACAACCGCAAACGGUACUUGGAGCGGCAAGGCUUCAAGCUGCACCCUCGCCCCUCUGUCCGAUGCCUUCAAGUCGUGUGUCGACGCCGGCUCUAGCAACUCGACGUCUACCGUCCAGUGUACCCUCAACGCCGACAGUGCGGGUGUCGCCGCCUUGCAACUGGGCCGCGGCAGCCUGCUCGCCGUCGUCGCCCGCCGCACCGGCGCGACGGCGCUCAACGUACCCGGAGUCCGCAGCGCGGGCGCGGGGGCAGCCUCGCGACUCGCCGGCCCGUCCACCGCACGUCCCGCACGCCGCACCGUGAUCAUUGCGCUCACUGGCGCCGUUCAGACCCAGGCCAGCCACAGCCACGAGCACGGGUUUGGCGUCGGUACCCCGCCCUCGAUGCCCCUGUGUCGGCGGCUGGCCGACUUUUGA